GACAUAAAUACAUCAGCUAGGAGAGGCCCCAAAGGGCUGCCCAUAGCUACACCAUCAACUUGCCGAAAAUAUUCACCAUCGAACGUGAAUUGAACAUUAGCAGUACAUAACAAAAGUAAUUCUUUCAACAAUGAUAACGGAAUAGGAAAAAGGGAAAAAUUUUUAGAAAUAUAGUCACAAAGGAAAUCCACCGUCUUUGUUAACGGAACAUUCGUGAAGAGAGAGUUUACAUCAAAAGAAUACAAAGACUUAUCUUUAAUAUUAAUGUCCCCAAGAAGAUCAAUCAGUUCAAAUGUAUCUUUUAAGGAAAACUUACAUAGUUUAAUACGAAUUGGGUUUAACAAUUUUACAAGCCAUUUAGCUAGCUCAUGUGUGGGUGAACCGCGCAUAGAUAAAAUUGGUCGUAAUGGAAUAUUAGGUUUAUGAACUUUAGGUAAUCCAUAUAAAUUCAGGAGAACAGAACCCGAAGGUUUUAAUACAUUAAACUCCUCAGUGUUUAUGACGUUCAUUUUAAGAAGCUUUAAUAGAUUGGAUUUCACUCUGGAUUCCAAUUUUCUAACAUUAAUAUUGGAUAAAACGUCCGGCAAGAAUUUACUCUCGUCACCCAGUAUAGAUAGCAUCUUUUCUUUAUAUUCACAUUUAUUUAUAACAACUACUUUAAAUUUUCGUAUUAUUUUUAAUGAAAAAUCGAAAUUGUCCAGGUAUCUAAGUUUAUUGUUUUGUUUCUCACUGACGGUUUCUCACUUUUAGAUGUUCACUAGUUUAUACCAUUUCUAACGUUCGUUAAUACUAUCAAGACAACAACAUAACACGUAUUUAACUGUACAUGGUUGAUUAUUAUUAUACUGUUGUUCUUAUUGUCCUUUAUGAUUUAAGACCUUCAUGCAAAGAAACUAUUCACUUAGAACGAGAAAUAUGUCAACCGUUAGCUGGAAGUGGGACUUUAUUUGUUUAUCAUACCAAUCGGUUUUGGAGUCAAAUCAAAUUUGCUGGUGCUGUAAUCUACGCUAAUCGUCAUAUAUUGUCACUUUAUGAAAGAACCCAUCCUCAUAGACUUGCUAAAAUGACAAUACCAAGUUCAUCAAACCUACAAAUGUUAGAUGAUCCCAUUAAUUCAUCAUUAGUUGUGAUGAAUGGAAAUCGCCAACCAUCAAUUUGUGGACCGAUUAUAAUUGGUCAUGUAUUCAUACAUCCAACUGCUUCAAUCGAUCGAACAGCUGUUAUAGGACCUAACGUAAGUAUAGGUGAGCGAGCUGUAAUCCAAGCAGGCGUACGUCUACGAGAAUGUAUUGUGCUCAGGGAUGUUGAAAUUCGUGCACACGCUUGUUGCCUGAAUGCAGUAAUUGGAUGGAAUACAGUUAUUGGGGAAUGGGCUCGUGUCGAAGGUACACCUAAUGAUCCUAAUCCUAAUAAGCAAUUUACCAAACUUGAAGUUUUACCUGUUUUCAAUGUUAAAGGUCAACUAAAUCCAUCUAUUACUGUGAUUGGCUCCAAUGUGGAAAUUCCUCCUGAAGUUAUUGUUCUGAACUGCAUAGUUCUACCACAUAAGGAAUUAUCACAAAGCGCCAGAAAUCAAAUUAUUUUGUGAUAUACGUGUAAUCAAUUUAUAUUCGUGUAUACGGGAGACAAUAUUGUAUACAAUUAAAGUAACUCAAUUAAUUUGUCUCAGCUGUUUAUUUCCAUAUGUAUUUAUUAGGCAGAUUAAUCAAUGUUUUUAAAAAAAAAAAAUAAAUUAGGAAAGUAUGUAUAUUUUUACUUGAUACUUAUUUCUCGAAAAAAAUCUGUUUACUUUAUUCUUAUAUACGUGACAAGCAUGAUAAUAUUUUCUUUUGGCUAUUUCAUUCUGAUUUAUCAUUUUGAUCUGUUUUUUUUUGGAAAAAGUUAAUUUGAUUCUAAACAUGUUUAUUGUUUAGUCUUUUUUAAAAAUUUUUUUGUAUAAUUGGACUCAUCUUGUUUGUAUCCAUUAGUAGUACUUUUAAAUAGGAAUGAUCGUUUCUAUCCUUCUACAUAUUAUUUUAUAAUAUCCUUUUUUUCGGUUUAAUUCUAAUUUGUAUCAAAUAUUACUUUAUACGAAAGAUAAUUCUUCACUAUUUCUUAUCGUUAAUUCUAUUCAUUGGUUUGCUUGUUUUUAGGUCAGCACUUUUCUUUCUCUUUUGUGUUUUUUAUUAAUUCUAAUAUGCUUUUGGAGCACUAAUAAACAUGUUUGUGUUUAACCGUUAAAUGUUGAAUUAAUCCAACUAACUUGAUGAAAUUUAUCCAGUUCAAAAAAUCAAUUUAAUCCGUAAAGCUGUUAGAUUAAAUCUAGAAUGAGUGCAACUUAAAAUCUCGGUUCACCAAGUUAAUGAAUUUGUUAACUUAAUAAAUUAUUAAACAUUUUAUCAUUAAAUUAUUAG